ACCGGUUAGCUCUUUAGAUGGUAAUUUAUCUAGAAGCAUUAGAUCAAACGAACCUGGUACUGGAUAUGGGAAACCAUUAGCAGAGACAUUCUGCAAAAACACUACUCCGACUUUUUUAAGUCGUUAUUCCUUUAAUGUAAAUGAACGCAGUUCUUUAAGCGGUAAUUUGCUUGAAAUUAUUGGAUCAAAUGAAGUUGGUUCUGUGAGAGGAAAUUCAUUAAGUCUUAAUUCAAGUCAGUAUCAGUCCAUAAAUGAACGUAUUGAGACAUUUGAAAGUACUCCCGGUCACUUUAGAUCACCAGAUAUCACUAAUAGUUCAUUUGAUUUUCAU